AUGGUGACCGCGGCGUCAUCAUUUAUGCAGGCAAAACCAGGUUGUCCAGCCAAAUGUGGGAAUGUCAGUAUACCUUAUCCGUUUGGCAUAUUUGAUGCUGCCGGUGGAGAAGGGUGCUCCAUUAAUAGAGGUUGGAUUGGAUACGGUAUCACCUGCAAUACUUCGUUUGAUCCUCCCAAGCCCUUCCUAGGCAAAGGUUCCCUGCAAGUUUUAAGCAUAUCAGAAUCCGAAAUUCGAGUGAGAAAUAAGCAGGUUGCCGGACGAUGUUUCACAGAGUCCGGUGUGCUGGUAGGAGAAACGAUUUCCAACAACUACUCAUCUAAUGAAAUAUCGUACAGCUUAGAAAGGAGUCCUUUUACAUUCUCAUACACCAAAAAUAGGUUGUUUGCUAUUGGCUGCGACACUAUCACCACUUUCCAAGGUUAUGUUGUGGAUCGUAACAAGAAAGAAACUAAGUAUGAAGGCAUGUGCACAUCAUCAUGUGGUAGCAAAGAAGAAAUUGUAGAAAGGUCUUGUAGUGAAAGACAUGGUUGUUGCGAGUUGACCAUCCCCAAGAGAAUAAACUGGUUUGGGGCGAACGUGUUUACCCUCAACAACCAUACAAAAGUCUGGUCUUUCAACAAUUGUAGUUAUGCAAUCUUGGCCGAGCAAGACCAGUAUAUGUUUCGUGCAUCUGAUUUCCUUCUUCCCUCCACUGAUUUUAUUGCUAAAGAGAGUAAUCUAUCCCUUGUUCUUAACUGGGCAAUAGGAAAUAAGACGUGUGAAGAAGCACAGAAAGACUUGGCAUGCAAAGAGAAUAGUAAUUGCAUCAAUUCUGAUAACAACGAGGGGUAUCGUUGCACUUGCUAUGAGGGUUACGAGGGGAACCCUUACCUCAGUCCUGGAUGCCAAGACAUGAACGAGUGUGCGGACCAAAACAACAAUCCCUGUAAAGGGAUUUGCACAAAUACUAUAGGGAGCUACAGUUGUUCUUGUCCAGAGGGAAGCCUUGGCGAUGGGAGGAAAGAUGGUCGUGGUUGCUAUACCAGGAAAUCAGUACUAUUAACUGUCUCGCUUGGUAUCGGCUUAGGGCUUUUGUUUUUAAUAGUUGGUGGUUCUUGGUUAUAUUUCUUCAUAACGAGAAGAGAACAAAUGAAGCUCAAAGCGAAAUUCUUUAAGCAAAACGGUGGAUUGCUAUUACAACAGAACGUACCCUCAGAUGAAGGUGGUGUUGAAUCAACAAAGAUAUAUACUGCAAAAGAGCUAGAAAUAGCAACCAACAAUUAUGAUAAAAGCCGGGUGCUUGGAGAAGGAGGUUAUGGUACAGUCUACAAGGGAAUCUUGUCAGAUAAUCGAGAAGUAGCCAUUAAGAAGUCCAAAAUAUUUGACCAGACUCAGAUUGAGCAAUUCAUAAAUGAGGUUGUUAUUCUAACCCGGAUUAAUCAUCGUAACGUGGUAAAGCUCUUAGGUUGUUGUUUAGAGACUGAAGUUCCUUUGCUUGUUUAUGAAUACGUCUCUAGUGGUACCCUUUAUGAACAUAUACACUGCAGUAGAAGUGAGUUAUCAUUCAUUUCCUGGAAAAAUCGCCUCAGGAUUGCAACUGAAACUGCAGAUGCAAUUGCAUAUUUACACUCUGCAGCUUCUACACCCAUCGUUCACAGAGAUAUCAAGUCUGCUAACAUAUUAUUAGAUGAAAAUUAUACGGCAAAAGUAUCUGAUUUUGGAGCAUCAAGGUUGAUUCCUUUGGACCAAACCCAAUUAACGACGCUAGUUCAAGGGACCUUAGGAUAUUUGGAUCCAGAAUACUUCUUUACUAGUCAAUUAACAGAAAAAAGUGAUGUUUAUAGUUUUGGUGUAAUCUUGGCAGAACUCUUAACAGCUGAGAAACCUCUUUCUUUUGAAAGAUCUGAAGAACAAAGAAAUCUUGCGACGUAUUUCAUUUUAUCGAUGGCAACAAAAACCGAUAUAGUUCGAAUUCUUGAGGCUCAAGUACUAAGAGAGGGAAAGUUUGAGGAUAUCCUUGCGUGUGCAGAGAUCGCAAAGAGAUGUCUUGCUUUGAAGAGUGAAGAAAGACCGACAAUGAAACAAGUGGUAGCUGAACUGGAAGAUUUGAGAAGGUCUACAAGCAAUGAAAAGAAUACAAAACCAACACCACCUGUGCCUCAGCCUACAGAUCUCUAUGGUGUCUCAGACUUUGAUUCUGGACAGUUUAGUUCCAACACAAGUACACUGUUGUACAUGAAUCUCCCGAGAUAA